AUGUGUCCCUUAUCCCACUUAAUUCUCUUCGCAGCCUUGACAGUCCUGGUGGCUGCCCUUCCACAUCCUUCGUUCGUCUCCAUCCCGCUCAGGAGGUCUUCUUUGACCACUGUCGAUGGUGCAUUUGACAUCGACAAGGCUAUUUCACAUCUUGCUUUCUCAGAAUCGCUCCGUUCUCUUGGACCGAUAUCUGAUACACCGGCUGUACAUCCCACUCGACGCGAUACAGGCAGUAUCCCUCUUACGGAUGGGAACAAUGUGCUGUGGUAUGGUACCAUCUCUGUUGUCCUACCUUCAUCCAGCUGUGAUUCGACGUGCAAUGGUCAUACGCUGUACAACCCAAACACCAGCUCGACUGCCGCGAGUCUGGGUCAGACCUUCAUGCUUUCCUACGGAGAUGGUUCCUCUGUUCAAGGUGAACAGUACACCGACACCGUUGUCAUAGCAGGCUAUACGGCAACCAAUCAAACUUUCGGCGCAGCUACGCAAUACUCUUCAAAUCUACAAUCACCGACUUUUCCUGCCGACGGUUUGAUGGGCAUGGGCUUCAAGAGCCUAUCUAUAUACGGUGCUGACCCUGUCAUUCAAACCCUCAUCGACAACAACGUCAUCUCCGAUCCAGUUUUCGCUGUCAAACUCGCCUCGUCCGGCUCUGAGCUACGAUUGGGUGGCAUUAACUCUGAUUUGUACAGUGGCUCGUUGACAUACACACCCGUCACGCAGCAGGGGUUUUGGCAGUUCGACGGAGAUGCUAUUAGUGCCAACGGGAACGCGACUCUUUCUUCGUUCACUGCGAUCAUCGAUACGGGUACAACACUCAUCCUUGGCGACCUAGACACGAUUGGGCCGUUCUACGCCUCAUUAAAUGCCACAGAUCUUGGAAAUGGGUUUUACACACUGGACUGUGAUUCGAUGCCUAGUAUCAGCAUCACCAUCGGAGGAACGGCCUUUUCUCUUUCCUCCACAACGUUCAACCUUGGAACCUACCCUACUGGUAGCUCGCAAUGUGUGGGUGCCUUCACUGCAACAGGCAGUCUAGGCAAUACCCUGAUUCUUGGCGAUGCAUUCCUUCGGAACGUUUACACGGUCUUUGACAUGGGACAGUCGAGAGUUGGGUUUGCAGAUUUGGCAUGA